CUGGGCGCUGCUGGCCGUGGUGCGCUGGUUGGGACUCGGAUCCGCCCGUUUCCUUCACGCGAGCCAUGGCUCCGUCGGACAGUGCGCUACAUCGGGGCUUCAACACCUCGCGUCUGGGUUCUGUGCAUCUGAGCUGCUCUGUCUACGCGUGUGCUGUCUCUGGUUCGUGCGUGUGUGCAUGCUUUCUGUGUGCGCUGUCGAAGCGCGGGUCAUUCGUUUGCCGCGCUCCAUGCGUGGUGGUGUUGUACGUCUGCUCUUUCCAUGCUCUUUGCCUGCUAUUUCUGUGCUUCGAGGGCGACUUUGACGUGUGUUACAUUCCCUUUGCGUGCUUUUGCGCGUUCUGCGUUUUGUGCUGCGUACGAGGAACAACUAUAGCGCACCCCACGGCCCUUGAUUGAGGCGGACAUACUGUUAGAA